AUGGACUUGGAAUCAAACUGGGUGUCCUCUUUUCAGAGUGGCUUCUUUCAUUUGAGAUUCCUCUAUGCCUUCUUGUGGCUUGACAGAUCUGCAUUUUUUUUUUCUUCAUACCAAAUUAGAAGCUCCAUGACUUGCCCCUGGGGACCCUCAGUAAAUCAUGAGGAGAGAUGGGAACUGAUGGUGCUCUGCCCCGAGCUGCUCCUUUCUGGAUGGGCCCUAGAAGAAUGUGCAGAGAGAACGCCUGUACUUGUGGGAAGAGAAACGCCCCAGCCUGGUGUUGGCAAGUGUGCUGUGAGAGGCAGGGGCUGA